AUGGGGGUUAGAUAUACUCGGUCCGUUCCCCACGGCACCGGGCCAGGUAAAAUUUCUCAUAGUCGGAAUCGAUUACUUCUCAAAAUGGGUGGAAGCCCAACCUUUGGCAAGAAUCACAUCCCAACAAAUCAUUUCUUUCGUUUGGAAAAAUAUUAUUUGCCGUUGAACACCUCAGUUGAACACCCUCAAACGAAUGGGCUAGCCGAGGCCGCAAAUAAGGUCAUCUUACAUGCAUUAAAGAAGAAGCUAGAUGACGCCAAGGGACUCUGGGCCGAGCUAAUACCUGAAGUCCUUUGGGGGUACAAUACAACCCCACAAUCAUCAACAAAAGAAACACCAUUUAGACUAGUAUAUGGCUCAGAAGCUAUGAUACCACUGGAGAUCUCCCAGAGCUCGAUCAGAACACAGCUCGGCAAUCAAGAAGACGCUCGGAGAUCUGAACUUGAUAUCAUUGAAGAGAUAAGAGACAUCGCCACAUUACGACAAAGUGCGGCACAACACGCACUAGCUCGCCAAUACAACAAAAUGGUAAAAAGCAAAUCAUUCGUGAAAGGGGACUUAAUACUUCGUAAGACAGACACUGCUCGAAAACCACCAUCACAUGGGAAGCUCGCAGCAAACUGGGACGGUCCAUACCGAAAAGCAGAAGUACUCGGCAAUGGAGCGUACAAACUAGAAUCAAUAGAGGGUAAAAUUCUGCCUAAUACUUGGAAUGUUUCCUCCCUAAAGAAAUUUUAUAGUUAA